CAUUGAAUAUUGACGCACAGCCUCUGGCGAAAUAGUAAAGAGAAAAGCCUCGGCUUUGUUUGCGCGUAUCAUAUAAAGUAGCGCGACAAACAAAGAACAUGAGCGAAACGUCUGCAAAUUAACCAUUUUGCAUGAGAUAGCUUGGUCGACAAAUAUUUGUAUUCAACACGUUGUUGUUCUCCAGGUGCGUCGUCGCAAUAUUCUACCAAGUUGGACAACGGAGAGAAUUUACCGCAGUUUAUCGUAGACUUUUUUCAGGCAUUUAAAGAGGUAUCUCAGCGUUUUCUGGUAUGACUUUGGAAACUCUUAUAUGUACUUCGUAGGUCCAUAUUACGAUUUGCUAGGUCUUUUCGCAACUCAAGUCGGACAAGCCGUUAGUCAUUUCACGAUUUCCUUUCUAUGUCAAAUCUGACCGAGGAAACCAAUCCUGAACCAAAAAAGAUGGCGGACAAGUGCAGUGCACAUUUCUCACUAGUUAAUCUUUCUGAAAAGUUUGUUCGUUGUGCUACAACAGAAAAUAAGGUAGAAGUUGACAUGGAUGCUUGUCUCGAAGCUUGGCAUGAGUUGAUUCGCUUUUUAAAUGCAAUGGGAAAAGCAUUUUCAUUCGUAUCAUCUGAUGUUGUAUCGAAAGUUGAAAUACUUGAAGAUUUUCGAAAGUCUGAAGCAAAAGAAAAUUAUGAAACUGUAGAAAAGAUGAUGGCGUAUGAGAAGAAAGAAAACCUUAUUAAUUACGAGGAAGCACCUUCAAGUAAGGUGAAAGCAUCUGGAAGCCGCACAUUGCUCAGAUUACACAGAGCAUUGAAAUUUUUACUCCUAUUUUUGGAAAAACUGGCAAAAAAUGAAGAAGAUGGAAAAGUGUCAUUGAUGGGAUACAAAGCAUACCAUGCUUCACCAAUGGCAAAGUACCAUCCAUGGAUUGUGAGAAAAGCUGUGGGUAUUGCAGUUUAUAUGUUGCCAGAUCGUGAAAAAUUUAUCAAGCAAUUAUGUCAGGAUUUAACAGAAGAAGAACUUGUGAAAACUACACUAACUACAUCAGAGAGUAUGGAUGCAGUAUAUGAAUAUACACAAGCACUAUAUAGUAAAUACGAAUUAUCAGAGAUACCCUGAUGAAAAAGAACGGAACUCCUCAACUUCAAUUGCUUAUAUACCAAUUACAGGAGUAGAGUUCAAGCUCGGAAAGAAAAUUAAAUAUUAUCCUGCUUUAAUUUACUAUUGGAUUCCAUACAUAAAUUUCACUGCUGAUUUUUUAACUAUCCCACACACAGUAUCAUAAUAGUGUCUUCUGGAAAAAAUCUUAAUCUGCUUUAUACAGCUGCUUAACAAGCCUCACAGCCUCUUCAAACCCACAAAAUUAGAAUGUAAGAUUGCUUAUAAACAUAUUCCGAUAACCAGAUAUAGGUAAUACGAAAAUAGCUAAUGCUAGAACUGAUGAAUGGUUUUGGCGGUUCAUUGAUGUUUUUAUUAUACAAUAGGUAUUUAGAUGUGAUCAACCUAUUGAUGGUACAAUCUUAAGUACUUAGGCAAACUGCACAACCCAUUGCAGAAUAUCAGAUUGCACUUAAACUAUUUCAGAUAGAUUUUCCUAAAUAUUCUGGUGAUAUGAAUAGUCUUGGCACGCUAUAUUUAACUCUGCAAGAUUUAAAUACGUGUGAGCAUCGUUUGCAUGAAGUAACAUGUUCGUGAAAUCGAUGUGGACAGAUCUGAUAAAACGAAGCUCAAAGAAGAUUAUUAAGAUUAUUCAUUUUGUGCAUUGCUCUGGUCAUGAAUGUGUAUUGUAACUUUAUGUUGAAACUCACUUUGUGAAAGUACACCCACACAUAUGGAAAUGUUCUAUUUUAAUGGAAAUGUGUCAAUGUUGUGCAAUAUUAUGCAUUUUGUGUUAAACAUUUCUUUAUUGUGUUACUGCUUUGUAACAAGUAUUUGUUUACUAUGUUCAUAUAAUCCAUUGAUAUUUAUUCUUAUCCAUUUUUUAGUCUUGGUAACAGUAUUUUGGAAAGCGACUUGUGUUUCCUCUGCUUGGGGGGCAGGCCUUAGUCAGAGCACAUGUGUGAAUUGCGUAAAUUGGCCGGAUAUUGAAAAUCUACAGAAUUUAUUAUUUUGCCAAAAUACAUAUGUGGCUGAAAUAUGU